GGGCCUUGUUCCGGGGGUUAGCGGGAGGGGGUCGCGCGGUGGCGCUAAAGGAGCCCUGAGAAGGGGGUAGAGCGGGGAGUGUGCCGAGGAGCCGCCAGCUCCGGGGACACGGGGGUGCGGAGCGUCUGCAGGCGAAUGCUGGUGGACACCUCUGUUUACAAUGGCGCAGAGGUCUGGACAGGAAGAUCCAGAGAGGUAUCUCUUUGUGGAUAGGGCUGUAAUCUACAACCCUGCUACCCAGGCUGACUGGACUGCUAAAAAACUGGUAUGGAUUCCUUCAGAGCGCCAUGGCUUUGAGGCAGCCAGCAUCAAGGAGGAAAGAGGAGAUGAAGUGUUGGUUGAACUGGCAGAGAAUGGAAAGAAAGCAAUGGUCAACAAAGAUGAUAUUCAGAAGAUGAAUCCCCCCAAGUUCUCUAAAGUGGAAGAUAUGGCGGAAUUAACCUGCUUAAAUGAAGCAUCUGUAUUGCAUAAUUUGAAGGACCGAUACUACUCUGGACUCAUCUAUACUUAUUCUGGACUGUUCUGCGUAGUCAUAAAUCCCUACAAGAACCUCCCAAUUUAUUCGGAAAAUAUCAUUGAGAUGUACAGAGGGAAGAAACGUCACGAAAUGCCACCACACAUUUAUGCAAUAUCUGAAUCUGCAUAUAGAUGCAUGUUGCAAGACCGUGAGGACCAAUCAAUUCUUUGCACAGGUGAAUCUGGUGCUGGGAAGACCGAAAACACCAAGAAAGUUAUUCAGUACCUUGCUCAUGUUGCUUCCUCCCAUAAAGGAAGAAAGGACCAUAAUAUUCCACCCGAAUCACCUAAACCCGUGAAACAUCAGAGUGGAUCCCUGUUGUAUGGGGAGCUGGAACGUCAGCUUCUGCAGGCGAACCCCAUUCUGGAAUCCUUUGGGAAUGCAAAGACUGUGAAAAAUGACAACUCUUCCCGUUUUGGCAAGUUCAUUAGAAUUAACUUUGAUGUUACGGGUUAUAUUGUUGGGGCCAACAUUGAGACCUACUUGUUGGAAAAGUCUCGUGCUGUUCGUCAGGCCAAAGAUGAACGAACAUUUCAUAUCUUCUAUCAACUGCUCUCUGGGGCAGGAGAACACCUAAAGUCUGACUUGCUGCUUGAAGGAUUUAACAAUUACAGAUUUUUGUCUAAUGGCUAUAUCCCCAUUCCUGGGCAGCAAGACAAAGAUAACUUUCAGGAGACUAUGGAAGCCAUGCACAUCAUGGGCUUUUCUCAUGAGGAAAUCUUGUCAAUGCUGAAGGUGGUGUCGUCAGUACUACAAUUUGGUAACAUUUCUUUUAAGAAGGAAAGAAACACUGAUCAGGCCUCCAUGCCAGAAAAUACAGUUGCACAGAAACUCUGCCAUCUACUGGGAAUGAAUGUAAUGGAAUUUACUCGAGCUAUACUUACUCCACGCAUUAAAGUUGGCAGAGACUACGUUCAGAAAGCCCAAACCAAAGAACAAGCAGACUUUGCAGUGGAAGCCUUGGCAAAAGCCACUUAUGAGCGCCUCUUCCGCUGGCUUGUUCACCGCAUUAAUAAAGCUCUGGAUAGGACCAAACGACAGGGAGCUUCUUUCAUUGGCAUUCUGGAUAUCGCUGGAUUUGAAAUCUUUGAGCUGAACUCUUUUGAGCAACUUUGUAUCAACUAUACCAAUGAGAAGUUGCAGCAGUUGUUCAACCACACCAUGUUUAUCCUGGAACAAGAAGAGUACCAGCGGGAGGGCAUAGAAUGGAACUUUAUUGAUUUUGGACUGGAUCUGCAACCCUGCAUUGAUUUAAUAGAAAGGCCUGCAAACCCACCUGGUGUACUGGCUUUGCUGGAUGAAGAAUGUUGGUUCCCUAAAGCUACUGACAAGACAUUUGUGGAAAAAUUGGUCCAAGAACAAGGAACCCACUCCAAAUUCCAAAAACCACGGCAGCUAAAGGACAAGGCUGACUUCUGCAUUAUUCAUUAUGCAGGGAAGGUAGACUACAAGGCAGAUGAGUGGCUGAUGAAGAACAUGGAUCCUCUGAAUGACAAUGUGGCUACCCUUUUGCAUCAGUCUUCUGACAAAUUUGUUGCAGAGCUUUGGAAGGAUGUGGAUCGUAUUGUGGGCCUGGAUCAAGUCACUGGUAUGACAGAGACUGCUUUUGGCUCUGCAUACAAGACCAAGAAGGGCAUGUUUCGUACUGUUGGGCAACUGUACAAGGAAUCUCUCACCAAACUGAUGGCAACUCUCCGAAACACUAAUCCCAACUUUGUUCGCUGCAUCAUUCCAAACCACGAGAAGAGGGCUGGAAAAUUGGAUCCACACCUGGUUUUAGAUCAGCUUCGCUGUAAUGGUGUCCUGGAAGGAAUAAGGAUUUGUCGACAAGGAUUUCCAAACAGGAUAGUAUUCCAGGAAUUCAGACAGAGGUAUGAGAUCCUUACUCCUAAUGCAAUCCCUAAGGGUUUUAUGGAUGGCAAGCAGGCUUGUGAACGAAUGAUCAGAGCAUUGGAGCUGGACCCCAACUUGUACAGAAUUGGACAGAGCAAGAUUUUUUUCCGAGCUGGUGUCUUGGCACAUUUAGAAGAAGAACGGGAUCUGAAGAUCACAGACAUCAUUAUCUUCUUCCAAGCUGUCUGCAGAGGAUACCUGGCCAGAAAGGCCUUUGCAAAAAAACAGCAGCAGUUAAGUGCAUUAAAAGUCCUGCAGAGGAAUUGUGCAGCAUAUCUAAAAUUAAGGCACUGGCAAUGGUGGAGAGUCUUCACAAAGGUGAAGCCUCUUCUGCAGGUUACUCGACAGGAGGAGGAACUUCAGGCUAAGGAUGAGGAGCUGCUGAAGGUGAAGGAAAAACAGACAAAAGUGGAGGCAGAACUUGAGGAGAUGGAGAGGAAACAUCAGCAGAUUGUAGAAGAAAAGAACAUUCUUGCGGAGCAGCUGCAGGCAGAGACAGAGCUGUUUGCUGAAGCUGAGGAGAUGAGAGCCCGUCUGGCCGCCAAAAAACAGGAGUUAGAAGAAAUUCUGCAUGAUCUGGAAUCCAGGGUUGAGGAGGAAGAGGAAAGGAACCAAGUCUUGCAAAAUGAAAAGAAAAAGAUGCAGGCACAUAUUCAGGACCUAGAAGAGCAACUUGAUGAGGAAGAAGGAGCUCGACAGAAGUUGCAGCUUGAAAAGGUAACUGCUGAAGCUAAAAUCAAGAAGAUGGAAGAAGAGAUCCUACUUCUAGAGGACCAAAAUUCCAAAUUUUUGAAGGAAAAGAAACUAACGGAGGAUAGAAUUGCUGAAUGCACCUCUCAGCUGGCUGAAGAAGAAGAAAAGGCCAAAAACUUGGCCAAACUCAAGAACAAACAGGAAAUGAUGAUCACAGAUUUGGAAGAACGUUUGAAAAAGGAAGAGAAGACCCGUCAAGAACUGGAAAAAGCUAAAAGAAAACUUGACGGAGAAACAACAGACCUUCAGGACCAAAUAGCUGAGCUGCAAGCCCAGAUUGAAGAGCUAAAGAUCCAACUAGCCAAGAAAGAAGAGGAGCUGCAGGCUGCCCUUGCCAGAGGUGAUGAAGAAGCAGUUCAGAAGAACAAUGCACUGAAGCUAAUACGAGAGUUGCAAGCUCAGAUUGCAGAACUCCAGGAGGACCUUGAAUCUGAGAAGGCAUCACGCAACAAGGCUGAAAAGCAGAAGAGAGACUUAAGUGAGGAGCUGGAGGCCCUGAAGACUGAGCUAGAAGACACCUUGGAUACCACUGCAGCACAGCAAGAAUUGAGGACAAAGCGUGAGCAGGAAGUGGCUGAAUUGAAGAAAGCUAUUGAAGAAGAAACCAAGAACCAUGAAGCUCAAAUACAGGAAAUCAGACAAAGACAUGCUACUGCACUGGAGGAGCUCUCUGAACAACUUGAGCAGGCCAAAAGGUUCAAAGCAAAUCUUGAAAAGAACAAGCAAGGCCUAGAGACUGACAACAAGGAGCUAGCCUGUGAGGUGAAGGUAUUGCAGCAGGUCAAAGCAGAGUCUGAGCACAAGAGGAAGAAGCUAGAUGCUCAGGUACAGGAACUACAUGCCAAAGCAUCAGAAGGAGAGAGGAUUAGGGCAGAGCUGGCAGAAAAGGCUAACAAACUGCAGAAUGAGCUGGACAAUGUCUCAAGCCUCCUGGAGGAAGCAGAGAAGAAGGGCAUAAAGUUUGCCAAAGAUGCGGCAGGUCUGGAGUCUCAGCUUCAAGAUACACAGGAGCUUCUUCAGGAGGAAACCCGCCAGAAAUUGAACUUGAGCAGUAGGAUUAGGCAGCUGGAGGAAGAGAAGAACAACCUACAGGAGCAGCAGGAAGAGGAGGAGGAGGCCAGGAAGAACUUGGAGAAACAGAUCCUCGCCCUGCAAUCGCAGCUGGCUGAUGCCAAGAAGAAGGUAGAUGACGACAUGGGGACUAUUGAAGGUUUGGAGGAAAAUAAGAAGAAAUUGCUGAAGGAUAUGGAGGCUCUGAGCCAACGUCUAGAGGAGAAGGCAAUGGCUUAUGAUAAACUGGAAAAGACUAAGAAUCGCCUGCAGCAGGAGCUGGAUGACUUGAUAGUGGACCUGGAUCAUCAGCGCCAAAUUGUGUCCAACUUGGAGAAAAAACAGAAGAAGUUUGAUCAGAUGCUGGCGGAAGAAAAGAAUAUUUCCGCUCGCUAUGCAGAAGAGCGGGACCGGGCAGAGGCAGAGGCUAGAGAGAAGGAGACCAAGGCAUUGUCUCUGGCUCGAGGUUUGGAAGAAGCCCUGGAGGCUAAAGAAGAAUUUGAGAGGCAGAAUAAGCAGUUGCGUGCAGACAUGGAGGACUUAAUGAGCUCCAAAGAUGAUGUGGGCAAAAAUGUCCAUGAACUGGAAAAGUCCAAGCGAACCUUAGAGCAGCAGGUUGAAGAGAUGAGGACCCAGCUAGAAGAACUGGAAGAUGAACUUCAGGCCACAGAAGAUGCCAAGCUUCGCCUGGAAGUGAACAUGCAAGCUAUGAAGGCCCAGUUUGAGAGAGACCUACAGGCCAGAGAUGAACAAAAUGAAGAGAAGAAGAGGAUGCUGGUUAAACAGGUGCGGGAGCUUGAAGCAGAACUGGAGGAUGAGCGCAAACAGAAGGCUCUUGCUGUGGCUUCCAAGAAAAAAAUGGAGAUGGAUCUCAAAGACCUUGAAGCUCAGAUAGAAGCUGCAAAUAAGGCUCGAGAUGAAGCAAUCAAACAGCUGCGCAAACUGCAGGCUCAGAUGAAAGACUAUCAGCGGGAGCUGGAAGAGGCCCGUGCAUCCAGAGAUGAGAUCUUUGCUCAGUCCAAGGAGAAUGAAAAGAAGCUGAAAGGCCUUGAAGCAGAAAUACUCCAGCUCCAAGAGGAUCUUGCUGCCUCCGAAAGAGCUCGUCGCCAUGCUGAGCAAGAGCGGGAUGAGCUGGCUGAUGAGAUUGCAAACAGUGCUUCUGGAAAAUCAGCUUUGCUGGAUGAGAAGCGCCGUCUGGAAGCCCGUAUUGCACAGCUGGAGGAAGAACUGGAAGAGGAACAGAGCAAUAUGGAACUCCUCAAUGACCGGUUUAGGAAGACCACACUGCAGGUUGAUACGCUCAACUCAGAGCUGGCUGGAGAACGGAGUGCUGCCCAGAAGAGUGAAAAUGCGCGCCAGCAGCUGGAGAGACAGAACAAAGAGCUGAAAGCCAAGUUGCAGGAGCUGGAGGGAUCUGUGAAGUCUAAAUUCAAGGCAACCAUUUCUGCUCUGGAAGCUAAGAUUGGACAGCUAGAGGAACAGCUUGAGCAGGAAGCAAAGGAAAGAGCAGCUGCUAACAAGCUGGUGCGUCGUACAGAGAAGAAACUGAAAGAAGUCUUCAUGCAGGUGGAAGAUGAGCGUCGGCAUGCAGACCAGUACAAAGAACAGAUGGAGAAGGCUAAUGCCAGGAUGAAGCAGCUCAAACGCCAGCUGGAGGAAGCUGAAGAAGAAGCAACACGUGUGAAUGCCUCCCGUCGUAAACUUCAGCGUGAAUUAGACGAUGCCACGGAGGCCAAUGAGGGCCUUAGCCGGGAAGUCAGCACUCUGAAAAACAGGCUGAGGAGGGGUGGCCCUAUCACCUUCCCUUCAAGUCGAUCUGGUAGACGCCAGCUGCAUAUUGAAGGUGCUUCUCUGGAACUUUCUGACGACGAUGCAGAAAGCAAAGGCAGUGACCUCAAUGAAACGCAGCCCGCCCAAACCGAGUAGAGCCGCGUCACACCAUUAGCAUGCAGAGCCCUUUUACACAGAGUGGAGUGCAAAGGACUUACCUGACCAGCAAACUGCCUUGUGGCCGUGAAUCUGCCUUAUGUAAUAUUGGCAUGCUACAAGGUUACUUAUCACAGGUCAACUAUGUCUUAAGGCUCUGUAGCCUCACUAUACUGUACCCUGCUUCAAUAUAGGUACAACUGCUUUUUUAUAUAUAGUAAACUCUCUCUGUUCAGUGCAUCUCUUUUCCAGGUAUUCCUUGUAAAGCCAUUUUAUAAAGCAUCAUGUGAAGGAUACAACUUUUCUAUCAAUUCAGAAACUUCAUUCCCAAGCGGUAGUUGGGUGGGGCAGACCCAUUGUUGUUACUAUGCAUGCUUUGUUGUACAGAUAACACCCUUCCAUUUCUUUUGUGCUCACGUGGCCCUCGGCUGUAACACAUCUGUUGGCGCACUGUGAAGACCAAACUGCUCCUGUAUCUCUCUUCUUUUUCUCCUAAUUAUUGUGAGCAACACACAAUCAGCAAGUAAACUGUGAAAAGGCCUCGGAAGUGUUCAGAGGGAAAUCUAGGGUUGAAUGAAUAGUAUCCAUUUUUAACCUGCCAUAUCAUUUUGAAGUAGUGUUGGCAUCUGCUUCAUCAAUUAGUGCUUGUGCACUACAGUUAAAUUGAAUAUUAUCACCGUUCCUAAUUUGUACAAUACCUCGCAUCUGUAUAGACCUGCUAUAUCAGUCUGAAGGCAUCUGUACAUAGUAAGGCUAGUAAAAUAUGAACACCCGUCACAUGGAAAAAAUAAACAUGGAACAGCAGAGGCUCAGGAUGGGAAUUUACUCUUAACUGCUGGCUGAGUAGUCUUCAGAGCAUGGAGCUGAAUAGCUGCUGCUCCUCUUGACAUGAGGGAGUUUCACAGCCAUGAGAUACAGGUUUAAGAAAUACCCCAGCCAGCCUUGUGUAAAACAGAGCUGGCACGCUUACCAGCUGUUGAGCCUAAAGCAGCAGGACCAUCUGUACUUGUACUAUGUUUUUGGCUUGUUUGGAGUCUCUGUAGUUUAGAGGUUAAAAGAUGGAUCUUGCCUGCCUGAGAGUUGACACGCCAGUGGAUGUGAAUUCUUUCUUUUGGUUUUUAUUUUGACCAGUGUUACACCAAGUAGUUACAUUCUUUUUGUUUAAAUAGCUGAAAAACUGACAUUACAGAAAGUGCCUUAGACACUACAGUACUAAGACAAUGUUACAUAUAUAAUUUGCCUAUAUAACAAUGAUUUACUGUAUUAAUUUUUGACUGUGCUUCAUAUCAUGUACCUCUCUAGUCAAAGUGGUGGUAUUGAUAUUCAAUGAUAAUGAAUCAGUGUUAACUAUGAAAUCUCAUCCCUCUGCAAUGUGCUUGAAAACAUGAUUUUCCUUUGGGUUAAAAGCUUUAACAUCUGUUACAAAGGUUUUGUUGUGCGUUUGGAUAUUUUUUAAUUGAACUGGCUGUUGACCACCAGGCAUCUGACUGCAAAUAUCUUGUUUUCUUGUAUACCCAUAUUUCUAGACAAUGAUUUUUGUAAGACAAUAAAUUUAUUCAUUAUAGAUA